UAAAGACUUUUUAUCAAUUUCCGAUUAAGUGGGCGUGUCAUUCCAUGAUGCGUUUCGUGAUUAUUAGUGUCACGUUUGAUACGUAUAGUGCUGUACCUGCUGUGCGUAACAGGGAUAGUCGUUUUGGUUUAUGGGUCUGCCAGAUGUAUAGACAUAAAAGAGCAUAAAUGGCAGAUAGUGGGGAUUUUAGAGAGAUCCCCUUGAAUGAAGUUUCUCGUGUUCCUGAAAUUCAGCCAAAUCAUCUCUCUGCUAGUCAAGAUAAAAGAAGUGAUGGAAAUGAGGAAGAAUUGCUGAAAGGCAGGAGGGACAGUUCCUUACAACGUAGCCCUUAUCGUGCAUAUGUAAAUACCACUCCACAAUACAUGACAAAUCAUGGAAUGUCAAGGUAUCAGCCUGCCCUCAAAAAUCUUAUUCCAGUUCGAAGAAAUAUCAGGAACAAAAAGGUUUUGGGUAUUGAUAGUGCUGGCCUUUUUUCAUAUAUUUAUUAUUCAUGGGUUUCACCUUACAUGUAUCAUGCUCACAAAAAAGGCUUCACUUUAGAAGAUCUACCUCAAGGUUCACAUCUUGAAUCAUGUGAUCUAAAUUCUCAAAGGUUGCAGCUUAUUUGGCAGGAUGAAGUGGCACGAGUGGGACUUAAUGAUGCAUCUUUGUCCAGAGUAGUGAGGAAGUUUAUACAGACACGUAUGAUUGUUUCAUGCAUGCUGUAUGCUGCAAGCCUUGUUAUGGGAUUUGUAAGUCCUACCAUAUUCAUGCGCAAUUUGCUGCAAUAUGCUGAGAGUAGUGAAGAAUGUGUUUGGAAUGGUGUAAAAUGGGCAGCAUUCCUUACAUUGGCUGAAUUCUUUAGAAUCUUACUCUUUUCUUGGCACUGGGCUGUUUCAUACAGGACAGGCAUUAGGUUACGGGCAGCUUGCCUUGCUUUACUGUACAGAAAAUUAUUUCGGCUCAAUAAUUUGGGAGACAGCUCUACUGGCCAGCUCAUAAAUAUAUUUUCCAACGAUGGACAGAAGAUAAUGGAUAUGGCUUUGUUUGUACCAAUGAUAAUUGGAGGGCCAAUUGUAAUAAUUUGUGGCGUGAGUUACAUAUUGUGGCUGUUGGGUCCGUGGGCAGUGCUUGGUAUGACAUCAUUCUUGUUGUUUUAUCCACUUCAGUAUGUAAUAUCAAGGAUGACUGCAUAUUUUAGAGGAAGAGCUGUGAAAAUAACUGAUAAGAGAGUGAAGCUAAUGACUGAGAUACUUAAUAGUAUUAAGUUCAUCAAAAUGUAUGCCUGGGAAAAAGGAUUCUGUGAUUCACUUUUAGAAAUUCGCAAAGCAGAACAUCAGCUACUUGAGAAAUCAGCUUACUGUCAGAGUCUCAGUAUUUCAAUAGCACCAACAGUUCCAGUUAUUUCUGCAAUUGUAACAUUUCUUGCACAUCUAGCAGCUGGUAAUAAUUUGACUGCUUCACAGGCAUUCUCUGUACUUACAUUCAUGCGACAACAAAUCAACUUUGUACUCAUCAUUCUGAAUGAAUGGAGUAUACGUUUCUUCGAUGGACUGAUUGCAAUAAAAAGGAUUCAGGCUUUUCCCAUUUGUGCAGUUUUUGGGAAUCAAUUAAAAGAUGUUCUAAGCAGAUUACGUGAAGGAAGUAGAGUUAUUGUUGAAGGGAUUAUUUCUCUCUCUAGAAUAAAGGCAUUUCCUCUGAUUGCUGUUCUUAAUGGUCAAAUAAGGAAUACAUUCAACACUUUGCAAAUUGGUGUGGCCAAUAUUUAUGAUGCAGCAAUUGCUUUUGGAAGAAUAGAGAAACUCCUGGUGCUUGAAGAUAUGAUGUCCUACAUAACUCGUCCUGUUGAUAAAACUCAAGCACUGUGUAUUAACAAUGGAAGCUUUGCAAUGGAUGGACCUGUUGCCUCUGAUGUUGACAAUAAACCAGGCUACACUACUUCUGACACGUGUGCCAAUGCAGGAGACAAUUCAGAUGCCACUGAAACAGAAAAACUAAAGUCAGACAUUGCCACAUCUGAAAAAAAUGAGAAUAUUAUUUCUGAUAUUAAUUUACUUGUUUCAAAAGGUCAGCUGAUUGGUAUUUGUGGUCCUGUUGGUUCUGGAAAAACAUCAUUACUCUUAGCAGCACUUGGACAAAUGAGAAUUACUUCAGGACAUGUAUUUAGGGAUGGCUCCUGUGCUUAUGUUAGCCAAGAAGCUUGGAUACAAAAUGCAACUCUGAAGGAGAAUGUAUUGUUUGGAGAAACAUUUGAGGCCAAACGGUACUAUGAAGCUGUUUAUAGCUGUGCACUAGUGGAAGACAUUAAACUACUGCCAGGAGCAGAUGAAACUGAAAUUGGAGAAAGAGGCAUAAAUCUCUCUGGUGGACAGAAACAGAGGGUGGCUUUAGCAAGGGCAUUGUACUCCAACAGAGACAUAUACUUUUUGGAUGAUCCACUGAGUGCUGUUGACGCUCAUGUUGGUGCUCAUAUUUUUGAGAAAUGUAUUCUUACUGCCCUUAAAGACAAAACUGUGCUGCUUGUGACUCAUCAAGUGCAGUUUCUUAGCAGAUGUGAUAAAAUUUAUGUCCUGAAAGAUGGUCGUAUAUUAGAGGAAGGAACACAUGAAGAGUUGAUGGCUUCUGAGAAGGAAUACUCGACUAUGAUCAAAAGAUAUACAGCAAACAAAGACCAAGAAAACAAUGUUUCGUUGAAAGAAGCAGUGGAAGCUGGUUUGAAUGAUGUAAGUUACCUUAACUCUGAUAUGUCUGGAAUGGACAUGAAAGGAGAACACCAUACUCCAGGAAAAAUUCAAGGACAAAAAAUAAUGGAAAAGGAAGACAUUACAAAAGGAAAUAUUCGUUUUUACACUUACCAGUCAUACGUUUCUGCAGCAGGAGGCUAUUUCAUAACACUCAUAGUUUCAUUGUGUUUUUUAUUAAAUGUGGGCAGCACAGCAUUUAGCACAUGGUGGCUUGCUUUGUGGAUCAAGGAAGGAAGUGGGAAUGUGACAAUAAAUUUGGGAAAUGUAACAGUAAUCAGUCACAACUUAAAUGAUAAUCCAAAGUACCACAUGUAUCAGCUUGUUUAUGCAGUAACAAUUGCAGUUAUUUUGGGAACUAGCUUGCUGAGAGGGUUCAUGUUUACAAAAGUGUCUUUGAGAGCAUCAACAAUACUGCACAACAAGUUGUUCAAGAAAGUGGUGGAGAGCCCACUGUAUUUCUUUGAAACAACGCCUCUGGGAAGAAUGCAAACUCUUUUCUCAAGAGACAUAGAUGAAGUUGAUGUUCGUUUGCCUAUCACUGUGGAAACUAUCAUGCAGAAUAUACUUCUAGUUGUUUUUGCAAUCCUGUUUAUAUGUGUUGUCUUUCCAUGGUUUUUCGUGGCAGUUAUUGUACUGGGUGUAGUCUACCAUUUGAUAAGUAAGAUAUUCAGGUCUGCCAUUCGUGAUAUCAAACGCUUAGAUGCAGUUACACGGUCACCAGUUCUCAGUGCUAUUGGCUCAACUGUUAGUGGUUUAAGCACAAUACAUGCAUUUGCAAAAGAAGGCAUAUUUAUUUCAAAAUUUGUCCAACUUUUUGAUGAAAAUUCAACAUGUUCUUUCCUGAGCAUGGUUUCCAUGAGAUGGCUUGCUGUCAGAAUUGAUAGUUUAGCAGUGGUUGCUGUGUGUCUCACUUCCUGCUUUGUAAUAGCAUUCCGAGAUGUGAUUCCACCUGCUCUGUCAGGCCUGGCAUUAUCUUACUCAGCUCACAUCAGUGGAAUUUUCCAAUAUACAGUUCGUCUUGUCUCUGAAACAGAAAUGCGUUUCAUUUCAGUUGAAAGAAUCAACUCAUACCUUAGGAAAUUAAUGCCAGAGGAUUUCAAAACAGCAAAAACCAAUGUGUUGCCAGAAUGGCCUACAAAGGGCAGAAUUGAGUUCAAAAAUGUCAGCCUCUGUUACAGAGAAGGUUUGCCAAAUGUCUUAAAGGGUAUUAAUUUUAUCAUUGAAUCUGCUGAAAAAAUAGGUAUUGUUGGCCGGACUGGAUCUGGUAAAAGUUCUCUUGUAGCAGCUAUCUAUAGAAUGGCCGAACUGUCAUCUGGGAAAAUUACAGUUGAUGGUGUUAACAUAGCAGAUGUCAAGCUCCAACAUCUAAGGAGUCGCUUGUCAGUUAUUCCACAAGAUCCUGUACUGUUUUCAGGAACAAUAAGGUCAAACCUAGAUUUAAAUUGUCAAUAUACAGAUGCAGAGAUCUGGCUUGCAUUGGAAAGAACAAAAUUACGAGACAAGGUUCUUUCAAUGAAGGGACAGUUGGAUGCUAAGGUGACUCAGGAAGGGGACAGUCUGUCUACUGGUGAGAAACAAUUAUUGUGUCUUGCUAGAGCACUGCUGCGGAAUUGUAAGAUAUUAAUUCUGGAUGAGGCUACAGCAGCAGUAGAUCCUGAAACAGAAGCUUGUGUCCAGAGUACAAUAGAGUCAGAGUUCCAGCACUGCACAGUACUCACAAUAGCACAUCGGCUGAAUACUGUUAUGCACUGUGACCGUAUUAUUGUGAUGGAUAAAGGGCAGGUUGUGGAAAUGGAUACACCACGGUAUCUUUUGUCCAAUCCUGACUCAGUAUUCAAUAUGAUGUGUUCUGCGUCUGAUGCAUAACUGGAAAGCAGCUGUGACAACUGAUAUGGAUUUGGUUACUCAUAACAAUACAUAUGAAAUAAUGUAAAUUUUCACAGAAAUUAUCAACUGAAUUACAGACAUCACAUAAUUUGGCAUAACUGCCCGAACGAGUGUGGUAAAGAUUCAUUGCAUAAAUUGUGGUGCCAUAGUGCAAACAAUGAUCUUUUACAAAUCCUUCUACCUUUAUUCAUUUACAUAGCAUCAGACUGCUUUGAAUGUUUCACACUCACUGUAAGCAAACAGUAGAGCAUCAGUUCCCUCAAAUGCAGCUCAUAAAAUAUAUAUUUCUGGUUAUGUGCAGCUUGUGUGAGAGUCACCCACUGAGCAUCACCAACUGACUUAGGUUAUCAUCAGUCCUUAUAGCUCAAUAAUUUAUUCUCAUUAUUUAUUAAUAUCAGAUGUAACUCAUGUAUGUACAUUUGUCCUGUAAAAGAAAAAAUAUAUUCAUCUUUAAGUUCUUUA